AUGUCUCAAAUAGUCAAUUCUGUUUGCAGAAGCGAACUUGAGUUCAGCAGAUUGGUGAGCUGUUUAAGGCCAGAUGAAACAGAAGAUGCAAUAGCAAAUUCUUGUCAGAAACUUGCUGCCAUGAUUCGUCAGAGACCGGAGCAGAAAGCAGUGUUUGUGACACAACAUGGUAAUAUGUGGCGUGUUGCAGCUGAUAAACGAAAUUAUAAAAGGAUAACAUCGACUUCCAAGAAAAUGCUUGUCUCGUUGGUCUUAUUAAGCAGUGUUGCACCAGAAGAUGUUAGACAACAACACCAUAGGGCAUCUCUCUCUCUCUCUGCCAAUAGAACGUCGACAGAUAAGCUUCAGAAACUGGCAGAGGCUGUGUCUGAUGGUUUUCCUGUUACUCAGCCAGAACAAGUCCGGCCUUUGCUUAGCUUGUUGGAGAAAGAACCUCCUUCAAGACGUUAA